UAUAAUUCCACUACCGCGCCGGCCCCGCCGUCUGCAGGCGGAUUUUCAAUCCUGCCACCCGGAGGAGUCGCCGCCACCUCUGGAGAAGGAUUUUCUUUGCCUCCCGGUCCCACUUUUGGCUCAGUUCUGCCCUGGCCAAAAGGAGACGCCGCGGUGGUGCAACACGUGGAGGAAGUUUUACGUGAGCGUUCUUUCGAGCAACUUUUUUCCGGUACCGGAAGCGUUGACCCGUUUCAUCAAGGAGAGGGAGGACAACUACUACACGACAAUCUUCAUGCUCGUGUUGAUCCGAGCAUGAACGUGCUGCAUCCAGGGCAUCCGAAUCGCAG